CGUAAGCAGUGCGUGCCGUGGGAAAUCUGACCAGCCGCAUGGCUGCGGGUUGCUCAGCGUCUCCGCGGCCGAAGGCGGCCUCAGAAGGGCCGGUGGUGGGACCGGCCGGCGUCUUGCCUUGCCUAGAAUUGCCUACCUACGCGGCCGCUUGUGCACUCGUGAAUAGCCGCUACUCCUGCCUGGUGGGGGGGCCGCACCGAAGACACAUCGCACUGUCGCCGCGCUACCUUAACAGGAAACGCACCGGUAUCCGAGAACAGCUCGAUGCCGAGCUCCUGCGCUAUUCCGAGAGCCUUUUAGGUGUACCCAUUGCUUAUGAUAACAUCAAAGUAGUGGGUGAAUUAGGAGAUAUUUAUGAUGAUCAAGGACACAUUCAUCUUAACAUUGAAGCAGAUUUUGUUAUUUUCUGCCCUGAACCAGGGCAAAAACUUAUGGGUACAGUUAAUAAAGUGUCUUCCAGCCACAUUGGCUGUUUAGUACACGGGUGCUUCAAUGCCUCCAUUCCUAAACCUGAGCAGAUGCCAGCCGAGCAGUGGCAGACUCUGGAGAUAAACGUGGGUGAUGAACUAGAAUUUGAAGUAUUUCGUUUAGACUCAGAUGCUGCUGGAGUAUUCUGCAUUCGGGGAAAACUAAAUAUCGCUAGUUUACAAACCAAGUGCUCUGCAGUUUCUGAAGAAGUAACAGAAACUGGCACUGAAGAAGCUACUGAAAAACCUCGAAAGAAGAAAAAGAAAAAGAAGAAAGACCCAGAGCCAUAUGAAGUGGAAGGUGGUACCACAGAGCUACCAGAUUUUGCAGAUGUUACCAUGAAGGAAGAGACAGACCUGCCGAUUAAUAACAAUGUGAAUGGCCUCUGGGAGGAAGAGCCAAAGAAGAAGAAGAAGAAGAAAAAGCACCAGGACCCUGUUUUCCAAGGCAGUGACUCUAGUGGUUACCAAAGUGACCAUAAAAAGAAAAAAAAGAAAAAGCACAGUGAGGAGGCUGAAUUUACACCACUUUUGGAACAUGCACCUAAAAAGAAAAGGGAAAAGUAAUUUUCUUUAGUGCAUUUUUAAAUACAAGUUGGUUUUUUAAAAAUUGAUUUACACAAAACAGAUGACUGACUAAAGUUUGAACUAUGAAAUGUUUUGUAUUCCAAUACUUUGCAAAACAGGGAACAUUUGAUUAGGAGUUGUUGAGUUUUUGGUGCUAAAAUUACAAAACUGAUUAUUUGGGAAAUGCCAGUAUUAUUAAAGUGCCAUUUUACUGUAUACAGACUAGAAGGGUAAGAGCUGCCCUCAAUCUCAACUCCUUCAUUCUUCCAGUGUAUACAUUCUAAAUAAAAUGAUUUCUACAGUCCACAAAAGGACUUUUAAAAUACAAUGUUAUUUCAUACAGAAUGAGUUUUGAGCUUGGUUUUUGGUUUUUUUUGUUGUUGUUAGUUAGUUACAGGUUUCACAUUUCGUCAUGAUGUUACAUGACUGACGUGCUAUUUUGCUUUGUUUAAAUUACCAGUUUUAGGAUUUCUUUUAUCAUGGCUACUACAGUAUUUCUACUGUUUGUUUAACUUAGAAUGGUUUGCCAAAGGAGUUUCUGAAGUUUCCAGAGCUCUUAAGAACCUUGCCACUACUGACUGUGUGGUAGGAAACAAUAUUCACUAUCUCUUCUUCUAGGUGCAUGUAUGUUGUUUUCCUUUUUCUCUCAGUCUAAGAGGUUGAGGGAGAGGCUGUUUUCUGACACUUGUUCAUUUGUGCCUCAACCAUUCUGCUUUUGUUGUGUGUUGGAGAGGAGGAGAGUCUGCUGAAGACAGGAAAAAUGUGAUUCUGACUAGUGAGGAAUUUCCCUAUUUUUAACAUUUGAGUUAAGCUACUAGAAAUUAUUAGGAAGAGAAAACAGCUAUUCACUGCUUUCACUGAGAAAAUGUGGAAUAUGUCUUAACUAUUGGAAAACAAUGAAGAAUGAAAUGACAAGCUGGUUCAGCCUGAUAAUGCAAGGUCGUAAUUUAACAGGUAUUUGAUGAUCUGUGUGUAAAACACAUUCUACUAAGGUCCAGGGGUAUAAUGGCAAACAAGGUAGAAAUAAUUCCUUCCCUCAUGGAAUGUCAUAGGAAAAACAGAUGCACAUACACAAUUUAAGUAAGAAAAUACAGAAAAUUACUAAUUGUGGUAAGUGCUACAAAGAAAAAGAAGAUUGUCUACUCACUGUUAGUUGUGAUCCAUGGCAGCCACUGUCAUUGCCAUUUAUCUAGUAUCAGACAUAGUACUGGUCUUAGAUUGUUUAAUGUUUGUUAAUGUAUGGGUUCCCAUAGUAGUAGAUCCAAAUCUGUAAUGAUUGAUAUAGAAUAUAGAAUUUGGAGAGUGGCAGUCAUUCACAGUGAUUGUCUACAAGCACAUGUGCCAGACAGUGGAAAUGUGCAGGCCAGUGUCUUUCCUUAUCAUUAGGUUCAUGUGGGUAUUUAGCCCUCAAAAUGUAGCUAGUCCAAAUAGAGAUGAGGUAUCAGUAUAAAGUACACAUCAGAUUUUGAAGAUGUACAAAGAAAGAAUGUAAAAUAUCAAUUUUGUAUAUUGGUGAGAUUAUAAUAUUUUGGUACAGUGGGGUAAAUAAAAUGUUACAAUUAAAUCAGCUUUUUUCAUUUUUUUUAAAAGAUUAAAAAUUGCAUCUGAGGGGCCCACCUUAUCUUUGUUUUGGACAGCACUGGUUUAAAGGAAGGAUGAAUUGGAAAAAGAUUUAAAACAAGCUAUACCAUAUUCUCAAGAGUUUAAUGUAGUACCAUACCCAGAAAAUGUCUUAUAAAUGUCUUAUACUUUCUUUAAAUUUUUA